AUGGCCAUGAUCAAUGGCCUACGGGAGGAUAAUGCACGCUCCAGGGAGAGAGAGAAGGCCAUUCAGCGCGAGAACGAGGAGAUCAGGAGGCGAGCGGAUGAGUUACAGGCCAGAAUAGAAGCCAGCACCAGAACGUUGGAGGAGGAUGUCAUGAUGGAAGUCCCAAGGGAUUUUCGGCCUUUCUCGGAAGCCAUAGAGGCCGAGGCCAUCCCUAGGGAUCAUCGAAUACCGCAGGUCGAACCUUUCGAUGGAUCGCAGGAUCCUAGUCAACAUCUAACGGAUUUCCGAGCUCAGAUGUUGAUUUGCAGAGGGAGCAUGGAAGUCCGUUGCAAGCUAUUCAUGGGAACGCUCAAAAAGGCGGCGCUUGAUUGGUUUAGUGGCCUCCCCGAUCGAUCCAUCACCGACUUUGACGUCUUCAGUCGGCUGUUUAUGGCUCAAUUUGCUGCUAAUAAGAAGAAGCCACCGAUCACGUCGGAUUUAUUUGAUCUUAAGCAGCAACGGGAGGAGUCAUUGAAGGAUUUUCUGCAGAGAUUCAAUGAGGUUGCUCUAAGGAUAGCAUCGGUGGAUGAGAGAAUGGCGGUCAUCGCGUUUCAGAAAGGUUUGAGGUCCGGAGCCUUCGACAUUGCACUCGAAAGGGCGAAUUGCCAAACAAUGUCGGAGGUGAGGGCUUUCGCCUUGAGCCACAUCAAGACGGAGGAGAACCAGAUCAUUAAAAGGACAGCUGAGAACCGAGAAGCUGGGGGCAGCAAUAAGGAGGGGAACAAGCAUUUCCGACCGCAAUCAGACUGGAACAAAUGA